AUGGCGAAUGUCAUUUGCCGCCGCAACUUGGCGAGGGUGUUCGGGCCGAGCCAACUCGGGAGCUCGAGGCGGCUCCUGCCGAUAUCCGGUAAGACGAGCUUCGGACGCCGAGUUCUUGCACCAGAAGUGAGAGCAGCCUCCUCCUCCUCGGCCUUCGUCGAGACUAAGCCGCCGUCGCCGACGCCGCCCCCGCCGGCGGCAUCUACGGUGGAUAAGGAGAAACUCAGCAGUAACCAGAAUGUACUAGCUUGUCCCGUAUGUUAUAAGCCGCUAACGUUCACUGGCGAUCUGGUGUUAUCUGUGGGAGUUGCGCGGAUUUGUAAGAUGGUUCGCCCCAUGAAUGUCUUUUUCGCUGUUUUCAUCCCAUCGUGCUUCUGCUGCAGGGAUUCCGCGUCUGGGUCUGCUCUGCAGUGUGGCACCUGUUCCCUCCAGUGGCAUUGUCUGGUUGGAUUUGCUAUAAAUAAUGGUCGUUCGGGUCAUGUGUCGCUGAUCGAAUUUUGCAUCAGGACUCCGUUGGUAUCAUAUCUCUACGAGAGGGGAUGGCGUCAAAAUCUUGCAAGUUUGGCUGGUUUUCCAGGUCCAGAGAAAGAGUUCGAAUUGACUAUGGGAUUCCUCAAACCAGUAUUGGGAGGAAACGUUGUUGAUGCAAGUUGCGGGAGCGGUCUGUUUUCGAGGCUAUUUGCCGAGAGUGGAUUCUUCUCUGUCGUUGUUGCUCUGGACUACUCUGAUAAUAUGUUGAAGCAGUGUUACGAGUUCAUUCGGGGGGAAGAGAAUUUUCCGAAAGAGUGA